CACUCAAAAUCUUCUUUUUCCGUUCCCUAUCAAUCAAACAAUCUGGGCUGCACACAAAAAAUGCCCAGGGCGAGAAUAUGCGGACAUAUUGGGAGCAUCGGAGGUUGUUUGGAUGGGAGAGCAUUGCCAGUACUAGGAAGAAAUAAAACUCAGUCUGCGGGAAAAAAAAUAUGUCGGGCGUUUUGUUGGGGGGCAGAGGAGGAUUGUGGAAAGGCAAGGGCGAGUGGUGGAAGCAAGGCCCCGCUCUACCCCUCUCAGAGGAGGGACAGGCAGCUGUCCUCCCAUGAUUGAUUGAAUGAUGUGGGCAGGAUUUAGGAAGCCUCACCGGCUAGCAUGUUAGCUUUUAUUUUCAUGUCGAUUUUUAUUUUUACAGACCUUAACGUAAUUAUGUGAUCACGUAUAAUGCUUUCAAGUGAAACUGGACGAUAUCUUAUGUGGAGCUGUUUUAUACAGCCAUAAGAUGUAAAGAAAGCAACGAGCUGCUAGUGAUCCGCAGCGGGGCUGUUAGCUUUGUUAGCAUGGGGGUUCGCUUUCUGGCAGUGGUUUCCUUGCUAAAUAUGGCGGUUUGCAGUCUGCUUGGUGUUGUACCGGCAGUUAAACGCCAGAUAGCACACCACAGAUCCUUGUCGUAGCUCUGCUUGUGUAAAAAUAGCCGUCCAGCUAGUAGUAGCCUACUUUAGCGAGCUACCUAGCGGCUAGGUACCCUGCUGAAGUACACUAGCUGAGCUGCUAUUAUUGUUUUCUUUAAUUAUCGAGAUAAUGAUUUGAUUGCUGUAGUAUUAAGCAGUCGUAUGGAUUACUGACGAAUACGCAAAACAAAUUUUAUUAUUUGUAUUACUCCCCCCGGAUAUCUGCUAAUGUUGGAAAUCGCGUGUGUGUGUUAUCUCAACAUGGGUUGCAUGUAGAGAGAUUGGCUUAUUGGGAUGGGAUCAAUGACAGUGUCUUUGAAUGUUUGACCACCCAAUGGGCUGUGGACAAAAAUGGAUCUUGCUCUAUGUUGAGGGUUGGCCCACGGUCCCACCUCUCUAUAAUGCCCCAGUGUUUGCAGCAUCUGCAGUGAACAUGAUGGCAGCCCAGUCGGUUUCCAUAGACAAGUACCAAGAAGGAGAGCAGCAGAUGCAAGGUGUGGCCCAGGCAGAAGGGGAUUCGGAGCAGAAGUUCAUCGAGGGGUCAUUGGUGGAAGCUCCGAGCCCCGCCCACAACGAGCCACAGACGCCCAUGGACGCAGACAAAACCGCCAUAUAUCGGCACCCUCUGUUCCCGCUGUUGGCCCUGCUCUUUGAGAAAUGCGAACAGUCCACACAGAGCUCGGACUGCAUCACGUCGGCCAGCUUCGACGUGGACAUCGAGAACUUUGUGCGCAGCCAGGAGAAGGAAGGCAAGGCCUUCUUCAGCGAAGACCCCGACCUGGACAACCUGAUGGUGAAGGCCAUCCAGGUGUUGCGGAUCCACCUACUGGAGCUGGAGAAGGUGAGCGACCUCUGCAAGGACUUCUGCAGCCGCUACAUCGCCUGCCUGAAGACCAAGAUGAACAGUGAGACCCUGCUGAGCGGAGACCCCGGGAGCCCCUACUCCCCGAUGCAGGGCCCCGGCCUGUCCCCCCUCAAGACCCAGACUCCCACCUCCUUCGCAGGGACCCUCAGUCCCCAGGGUCAGAUCAUGGUUCAAGCAUCCGCCCUGCAGCAGGGCAACGUUACCUUGACAACCGUCAACCCCACCCAGGUGGUCGCAGGUGGAACGGUCUAUCAGCCGGUUACCGUAGUAACACCCCAAGGCCAGCUAGUGACGCAGGCCAUCUCUCCCGGAACGAUACGAGUCCAGAACAACCAGCUCCAGCUGCAGUUCCACCAGGACCUGAAUGCGUUCAGCCACGAGGAAAACUCUUCCAAGAACAAGCGUGGGGUUCUGCCCAAGCAGGCCACCAACGUCAUGCGCUCCUGGCUCUUCCAGCACAUUGGGCACCCAUACCCAACGGAAGACGAGAAGAAACAGAUCGCCACCCAGACCAACCUAACCCUACUACAGGUCAACAACUGGUUCAUCAAUGCGCGGCGGAGGAUCCUGCAGCCCAUGCUAGACGCCAGCUCUUCUGAAACCCCCAAAACCAAGAAGAAAACCCCUCAGAACCGGCCCCUGCAGCGCUUCUGGCCCGACUCCAUCGCCUCGGUGGGCGGGAGCCAGCAGGUCACCAUGCCCGACGGCACCAUGGUGACCAUGAGCAUGGAGGGUCUGCAGAGCCUGACGUCGGACGGCGCCACGCUGGCGGUCCAGCAGGUGAUGCUGGGCGGCCACAGCGAGGACGAGUCCUUGGACAGCGGAGAGGACGACGACGACGACAUGGCUGGGCUGGGCCUGGACCACAGUGACUCGCUGCAGUAGAGCACAGACACCAUGGACGGACACACACACACACACACACACACACACACACACACACACACACACACACCAGACAUACAUCCAUGACAUAGAUGUAUACACUCACAAACAUACACACGUAGAUGCUUGUACACACAUACGGAUACAUGCCGUUACAAACGCAUAGACAUACACGUCCAUUUACACAAAGACAAACUUCAAAGCUGAUAUAUUGUUCUAGACAAAGACACACUACUACCACUGUAUACUGGCCUACAGAUCAACACACACAAGCAGACACAUCCCAAAUGCUCUCUCACACGCAUACACACACACUUCUCCCAAGCCUUUUACUGGCUGAUGAAUCAACACACACAUAACACUUAUACACUACUUUGACAGUCUCACACACACGCACAAACACAUACUCCACAAAGAUGAUACGUUUACAUAGAGCACAAAACCACAGGACGUACGCACAGAACCGCUUCUGCCCACUAGUGGACGGCAGCACGAACUGCGUGAUGUGUACGCCCCCAAAAGUUUCAUUUCAGAAACCGUUUUUUUCUUUUAUACCAUGUAGACAAACGUUGGCGAGUGCACUUUUUGUAUUAUAUUGUAAGCAACCAAUGGAAGCUAAAAAGAAGUGUUAUAAACAAGAACACCAGAAGGGGUCAUACUUUGUACCGCUCCAUUAAUUAAGGUUGAAUUGUUUUCUUUCAUAUAUAUAUUUUCUCCUCCACUGCCGCCCCUCUGCCCGCUUCCUCCCCCCCCUCCCUUUUCUAUGUGAAUCCUGUUUGUUUGGAUGCCAACGCUUCAGCAGAGAGCUCGUCUUCAUUUCCUGCAUGCUUGUGUUUUUUCAGUAGAAGUGCACACAACUCUAGUUAGAACGGACUCUUACUGGUGGUCUCUGGCCGGGGUCUGUUCUGUGGCCCAUCAGGGCAUGGAGAAGGAGGGGGGGGGGAGGAGAAGGAGAGAGCUUAUUUUUAUAUACAAACUUGAGAAGUUACGAGUGGUUUUGUUUUUUUCCUUGUUUGUGUUUCUCUUGUUUUGUUUUGUAAGGAAUAUUUAUGUACAGAUUCAUUAUUAAACUAGCGACCCUGUUUUCCAGGGUUCAUUUCAGUUUUCUAGUAAAAAAAAAGGAACGAAAAAAAAAAGUUGAAUGCUGAUUGAAAAAUUGCUGUGUAAAUCUGGUUUUAAACUUGCGAUACAAAAAAUGGCCUUACCGAUGUUCUUUUGUAAAGAAAUCUAGCCAAGAAGCACAGAAAACCAGAACGUGAAUGAAAUUAAGUCAAAGGACACUAAACUACACAAGGCUUGUCUUGUUUUUUUUAAAUAGAGAAGUUUAAAAUACUUUUAGGCUGGGAAUUGUGAGGGAAUCGCCCAGGGGUUCUCUUUCAGUAACUUUGAUCGCAGUACUUUUCUUCUUUUUAAAUAUAAAUCAAGUUUUACCCCACAUUGUGUAUGCGAUGAGUCAUGUGUUUUUUAAUAAUUUUACCAUCGUUGCGUAGUGGACUACCUUUUUUUUGUUUUUUUCAAAGUGCACAAUCCACAUUACUAUGCUUACCACACAAUCACGCUUAAGAUGCAAACUUCAAAUCACAGUUGAGAAUUCAAAUUGCAACCAAGAACAGACCGUUUACACAAAUAUAUAUAAUGUGUGUAUCUCUAGAUCUAGAUCUAGAGAUACACACAAAUAACUGCUCACAUCAAGAACAGAGAGAGCUACUUUGGAACAUUUUAGGCUCCCUCUUUUAGUUGUAUGCCUUAAAGGAUUAAAAUAAUAAAAUAGAAAAAAGACUGCAUUCUGCGGCUUCAAGCCCUUCGAUACUCCUUCAUAAAACAUAUCCUCUCAACUUAUCAAUUUGUUGAUAUUGGACUUUUGCUGCACAAAACGUUGGUUGCCUCUCGUGUGUGAAACCUCAACCGUUGUGCUGUACACCAGCAGCAGGCGAAGGCCUCUGGUGGUCCGGCUGUUUGCAGGGUCCGGAGGACCAGGAGCUCUGUGACUGUUGGGCCUCAGCCCACACACCGUCUCUACUGUCGGGCAUCCGUUGGUAUCUUCUCACUCUCUCUGUCUGUUGGGUUUGCCUUAGAGCUUUCUAUUUUGGAAUAAACGAUGCCUAACCUC